CCAAGAUGGUCGUCGGCGCCUUCCCAAUCGCCAAGCUCCUCUACCUCGGAGUGAAACAGAUGAGCAAGCCCGUCGCCAACCGAAUAAAAGCUGGGGCCCGGAGGAGCGAGUUUUUCAAGAAUUACAUCUGUUUGCCGCCGGCACAGCUGUACCACUGGAUCGAGAUGAGAACCAAGAUGCGGAUCAUGGGCUUCCGUGGGGCCAGCAUUAAACCACUGAACGAGGAUGCGGCGGCAGAGCUGGGCGCAGAGCUGCUGGGCGAGACGCUGGUCUUCCUUGUGGGCGGGGGGUGCAUGGUGCUGGAGUAUACCAGGCAGGCGGCUAACUCGCGUCGCAAGGAGGACGAGUUCAACCAGACGCUCACCAGCCUACAGACUCAAGUAGCCGAGCUCACUUUCACUACAGAGACGCUAAGCGCUCAGCUGAGAGAGGUGAACAGGCAGCUGGUCUCCUUUCCCACGCCAACCAAAAAGUGAUUUUUGUAAAGGUGGUACGCGAAGGGACAUGAGAACACAUGAUUGCCACAUGAAAAGCCUGAAGCUGCCACUUCACAUAUUGCCACCCCGCAAGGAGGAAUAAGUGGACAUAACAUCAGGGAGCUGCGAGUUGUCAUUAGCUCGUGUUCGGAGCAACUGUGUGCAAAAAAAAAGGGGAUUACUAUGAUAUUCAUAGUCUAUUUUCUGUGGUGGACGUUGCAUGCUCAUUACAAAGUCAAAUGACUGUGUGGAGAAUUGCAUCGACAUUCAUAAAUUAAUAUAUCUGAUAACAGUGACGUUUUUUAUUUUGAUGACUUGGGAGAGGUGUUGUUAAUGAUGAACAUCCCUCUCAAUAGAAAAAAGCUCAGUCAAAAUCACUGUGAAUCACUUUGCUGGUUUAUGUGGAGCUGAAUGAAUGAUGGUGUAAAAUAAAGACGAUAAAGGAAUUAAUAGUGAGUUUGUACAAA